UACAUAACUGCUUACAUGCAAAUAUUAAAUGGAAUAAACUAUGAUAUGUCUUUUGUGCGAGUUGGAGGUAGAAAUCCACCAAAGAAAAAAAGGACUGUAAAACCGAAACCUUGGAAUGACACAGUUAAUGACUUAGAUGCUUACAAAGCUACCCCAGAUGAAAUUGCUUACAGGAAAGCUGCACACAGAUCUAAACAUGCUGUAUCUACACAUCUUACCAGACCUGGAUCUGCUAGAAAAGGUAAAAGAGCUAGUCCAUUUAAGAACAACUCACAGGCUCGUAAAAUUGCCAUCAUGAAGGAAGUUUUAUAUGAUCAGAAACAGUUACAGGAUGUGCUUGAAAAGUCAGACACAAUGAUGGCAGUGGUGAAAGAUUUGUUUGGAGAUGAUCCCAGGGUACGCAUGCUAGCUACAUUUGAUUUAGUAAACACCAGAUGUAAUAUUUUCUCGAGUGGCUUGUCCACAAAUGAAAAUAUAAGAGCUGGGUUAAAGAAGAAUUCCCAUGUACUGCCUGUUAUGACAGGUUUUUUUUUUACAGAUUUAGAUGAUUCUCAUCCUAUACCUCUAUCAUACCAACCCAAAAUGAACAUGCAAAGAUUCCAGCAGUUUUUAGAGGCGGAGGAGAAGAACACAACGUUAAGUACAAUCAGUGGUCAGGCUGGAAUGAGUCACCUUGAUCAGAUGUUAAAUAGUCAAUUAAACAGCAAGAUUAUACAAAGUUCACAGCUACCAGAUCUUACAGCAGCUACAUCUAAAGAUGGAUCAUUUCAAACACCACCCAAAAACAAGAAACAUUUAGAUGAAUCUCUAGAAAUAUUACAACCACCAAAGUCAGCUAUAAAUGAUACAAAUAAGAUCAAUAAAACUAAACCAAGAGUUCCUAAACCACAGCCAGAACAUAAUACUUCAAAUCUCACUCUAAAUGAAUUGAGAAAGGUUUUAGAGACCCUGGAAGAUGAAGUAGCAGAGUAUGAACGGCUGACGGGUCGACGGCCUCCGGCAGAACGUCACAGACAGGAGUCUUUCUCAGGGUAUACCUUAGCAAUAGUCGACUCAGUGACAAAAUUGACACGAUAUUUACGAGAGUGUGAGCUUAGAUUACAUGCGGAAAUCACUGUGAGGGAACAACUGACCCAGGAUGUUGUACAGUCAAAAGCACUUGUUGAUGCACUUACCUCUGAUAUAAUUGUUACACAAGAAGAAUUUCAAACAAUGUCUGCAGAGUUCAGGAAAUUCCGACAAGAAACACAAGCUGAGAUAGCUAGAUUGAAGGGUGAGCAACCACCGUCCUCACAACAGUGGAGUCCCGCCCAGUCGGACAACUCUAACCCGGCUGAACCUGUACAAACCCAGACACCACCUAAAGCCCAGCAGUACCACCAAGGUGUACAAAAUGUGCCCAGUAAACUACCAAAGGAGAUAAACCCGUUUGGAGAACAUCUACAACCAGUAUCUGCAGCUGUGAUGUUAUCUCCUCCUGUAAGAAGAUCCAGGGUGGGAGAAUCUGAGAAAAAUGGUGCAAGACAGCAAGGCUCACUGUUGGACUACCAGGAGUAUAUAUCAAGUGUAGAGAGUUCUACUCUACAUGAUGAUUUUGUUGAACUACCUGGACUAUGUACAACAAGUCUGGCUCAAGUCCUCAACCCAAACAGUGUAAGUCAGCAACCAGUGAGAGGACAAAGUGGAGAACCAGUCUCUCAGUCACAGGUUAGAGUUCCUGAAACUGUCCAAGUAAACUCUGUAAAUGUUCCCAGACCUACACCUCUAGUCCAGAGUAAUGUAGGAAUACCCUUGCCAUCAGAUUCUAGUGGACUGCCUUACAGAGGGUCUCAACAAUUACCAUUAUCAUUUUAUGAGAAAAAUCAACCAAUAUCUGUUGUACCAAAGGACAGACCUCAGACAUUACGCUCUAAUGACCAAAAUAAUUCAUCUUCACAAGACCAGUCAAAUUCUUCUGAAAGGUCACAUGACCACAUGGCUGCAGGUGCUGACAGAGAUUUUCUUGCCUCACAAAUUGCUGAAUUGAACAAACAACAUGCUGAAGCUCAGAAAAGACUAAAUAGUUUAAUGCAUCAGCAACAAGCUGGUCAUGGUCAAAAUGAACUAGCACAACAACAACAGCGGCAACAAGAGAUUCAGCAGCAGCAGGACCAACAAGCAAGGCAGCAAGUUGUACAAAAUCAACAGCGAAUUCAGCAGCAACAACAACUGCAGCAGCAACAGCAACAGAGACUUCUACAAAUGGUGAUGCAACAACAACAAAGGAUUCAAGAACAACAACAGCAACAGAAACAACAACAGUUACAGGAGCAGCAGUUGCAACAACAACAAUUACAACAACAGCAACAACAAAAUCAACGUCCUAGACCUGCUUUACCUGGAGAAAUGACAAAUGGAACAGCAAAUGUCAGACAGUCAACUGAAUUACCAGGAUACAGACCUGUUCAAAUUCAGCCUGGUCUACCAGCAUAUCCAGUUUCUCCAAAUAUUUCACCAAUAUCACAGAAACCUGACAGUUACAGAAUGAUGUUUCAGUCGGUGGAUAGCCAGGAUACAAGUGUGAGUGCACCACUGAAUAGAGGUAUUACAGUAUCUUUACCCAAAGUUGAUAUGGACCAAUCUUAUGAUAGUCCCUCGCCCAACCCACCACAGACAGCAAUAUAAUACAUGAGAGGGGAACAAUCAGUAAUGAUUAUAAAGUGUUAAAAUAUAAAGAUAUUUUAUGAUAUCGUUAAUGUUAAAUUAUGUGAAUGACAACUAAAAGAAAGAAAAGAUGUUGUGAUACAUUUAAAGAAAACUGCCUUACAUGUAAAGUUUAUUACUUUAUUUUAUUAUUAAUUUAUUUCGUUUUCAGUAGAUUACUGAAAUAUAACAGUGACUUAUAUUUUGAUAAUUUCACAAUCAUCUUUAAAACCAUAGUUUCACUUUAGCAGAAGUAUAUUUAAAUGCAGAUAAAAUUGAUAUACAUUUAUCAUAACUAAAUGGAAAUUCUGGCAGAAAUACGGUACAUUGUAUGUAAAAUGUACAUAAUUACUGAGAGCAUAUAAACAUUUACACACUGUAUUUUUCAUUGUAAGUGUAUCUUAAGGAAAUGUUUAUGCUUAUGAUAAAAAAACUGUUUCAAAAAUAUGCCUAUUUACAAUAGAUAUUAGGGUAUCAGACAUGUAAUCAAGACACUUUCAAACUCGGAAAAUAAGGGAUUUUCCUAACAAGUUAGUGAUCAAGGCAUUGUGCUUAUUUUCCAUUUAUUUACCAAGUUGUAACUGUAGGAUAUUUUGUACCAUGGUAUUAGAUGGGGAACAACCAUAUUUGCCUAGUUUGAAAAUGACCAAUUCCUCAAUAUAUUCUAAGUGUAAUGAUAUUGUUAAAUAAUAAUAUUGUAAACUAUGUUUACAUUUAAAACGUUUUACUGAGAGAGUUUUUGCUCAUAUUAUAUUUUCUGUAUGAAAGAGUUUUUGUAAAGUCUGUGAUAGUGUUCAAAUAUAAACCUGCAUGGCCACUUUGUUCCCAAUAUUGGGCAAUAGUUGGUGGAAUGUCAGUAUAGAAAAUAUGUAAAAUGAUAUAGAAUUAUCAGAUUGUAUGUUGUUUAAUAGUAUAAAAUUGUAUAUUAAGCAUAACUUUGUAUAUUAACAUAACCUUUUAUAUUAAAUAAAAAUACAUAGGUA